AUGUCCAGCAUAAACACGCCGGCCAUUGUGAUGGACAAUGGUACUGGUCUUACCAAACUGGGAUUUGCAGGUAACGAUCUACCUUCGUGGGUUUUUCCCACUGCAAUUGCAACUCGUGCUGAGAAUUCCAACUCAAAAUACAACAAGUCAACCUCCUCAAGAGGUGGCCAAACCUCCGGUGGAAAUCUUUCUAUAAAGCGUGGGAUGGAAGAUCUUGAUUUCUACAUAGGUGAAGAGGCUUUGGAGGCUGCAAAAGGUCCAUCUUAUUCCCUUAAUUACCCAAUUAGACAUGGACAGGUAGAAAACUGGGACCACAUGGAAAGAUUUUGGGAGAACUCCAUCUUCAAGUACCUCAAGUGUGAACCAGAGGAUCAUUAUUUCUUACUGACUGAGCCUCCUUUGAAUCCUCCUGAAAACAGAGAAAAUACCGCCGAAAUUAUGUUCGAAUCGUUUAAUUGUGCUGGGUUGUACAUCGCAGUUCAGGCAGUGCUCGCACUGGCAGCUUCUUGGACGUCAUCGAAGGUCCAAGAUCGUUCUUUAACUGGUACUGUGAUUGACUCGGGAGAUGGUGUUACUCACGUAAUACCUGUGGCUGAAGGGUAUGUUAUUGGUUCUGCCAUCAAGAAUAUUCCCCUGGCUGGUAGAGACAUUACCAUUUUUAUCCAAACAUUAUUACGUGACCGUGGUGAACCAGACACAUCCUUGCGUACCGCGGAGCAAAUCAAGCAGCAGUUCUGUUACACAUCCUCUGACAUUGUGAAGGAAUUCAACCGAUUUGACUCUAACCCUGAAAAGUUUGCUCAGUACAUGGUUGAGACCGUCAAUAAAUCACGUACUUUAACCGUCGAUGUCGGAUACGAAAGGUUUUUGGCCCCUGAGAUCUUUUUCAACCCUGAAAUUGCAAGUUCCGAUUUCCUGACUCCUCUCCCCACAAUAGUUGAUCAGGUUAUUCAAGCUUCGCCCAUAGAUGUGCGUAAGAACUUAUACAAGAACAUUGUUUUGAGUGGUGGUUCUACGAUGUUUAAAGACUUUGGGAGACGUCUGCAAAGGGAUCUUAAGCAAAUAGUCAAUGAACGUGUGGCCUCCAGUGAACGUACAAGUGGUGCAAAGUCCAGUGGUGUUGAAGUACAAGUUAUAAGCCACAAGCGUCAGAAAAAUGCUGUCUGGUUUGGAGGUUCUCUGCUAGCUCAGACAAGUGAAUUUAAGAGUUACUGCCAUACAAAGCAAGAUUAUGAUGAGUAUGGUCCCAACAUUGUGAGGAACUUCUCUUUAUUCAGUGUUCCUUGA